AUGUCUGCUGCCGCAGCCGCAGCAGCGACGGCUGCGCUAGACAACAGCACCAAAAACACCCUUAAACUUGAAAACACAGAGAAACGAGACACGCUUAUUGCUAUCGAGAAAAAAUAUCAAGCGCAAUGGAAAGAGAAAAAAGUCUUCGAGGUCGAUGCUCCAUCUAUCUCCGAGAUUCCUGCUGACUCCCUCUCCGCCGCCGAGCUACGCGUCAAACAUCCGAAAUUCUAUGGAACAAUGGCAUUUCCAUAUAUGAACGGCUCACCCCAUGCCGGGCACAGUUUUACUGCCAGCAAGAUCGAGUUUAUGACUGGAGUCGCUAGAAUGGAGGGCAAACGCUCCUUGUUCCCCCUUGCUUUUCACUGUACGGGUAUGCCUAUCAAAGCAUGCGCGGACAAGCUAGUAGAUGAUAUUAAAAAGUUUGGCAAAUAUUUUGAGAACUACAAGGAGGAGGAUGAAGUUGAAGAUGCGGCUUCAAUACCUGUAGCUACCCAGGCAAAAGAAGACCCCUCGAAAUUUUCCGGGAAAAAGAGCAAGGCGGCAAGCAAGGCUGUGAAACUAAAGUAUCAAUUCCAAAUUAUGAUGGCCUUGGGAAUACCACUUGAAGAGGUCCAUAAAUUUUCCGAUCCUGACUAUUGGCUACAAUACUUUCCGCCACUGUGGAUACGCGAUUUGGAUAGCUUAGGUGCCAGAAUCGAUUGGCGCAGGGGCUUCGUGACGACUGAUGUUAACCCCUAUUUCGACGCGUUUGUUCGCUGGCAAAUGAACCGUCUCCAUGAGAUGGGUAAAAUAAUGUACGGCAACAGAUACACUGUCUACUCUCCCAAAGAUGGACAACCGUGUAUGGAUCACGACAGAACGGAAGGCGAAGGAAUUGGGCCGCAAGAAUAUACCGCACUAAAAUUAAAAGUUAAGGAAUGGUCUCCAAAGGGGAAAGAACUAGUUCAAGGAAAAAUCGAAGAAGAUGCAAGUGUGUAUUUUGUCCCUGCAACAAUGCGCCCCGAAACGAUGUAUGGUCAGACUUGCUGUUAUGUUGGGCCUUCGCUCAAUUAUGGCAUUUUUAAAGUGAAAGACAAAGAAUAUUACGUUACGACAAAACGAGGGGCAUGGAAUAUGGCGUUUCAGGGUACCUUUUUUGAUAUGGAUCACUUCCCCUGUGACCAAAGUGAGCUUCCUCUUGUGGUUGAAGCUCCUGGCUCCGCAUUCGUUGGCACACUAGUCAAUGCGCCAUUAUCUGCUCACAAAGAUGGAGUUAGGAUUUUGCCCAUGGAAACGGUUUCCGCCAGCAAGGGAACUGGCGUUGUUACUUCUGUUCCCUCUGACAGCCCUGACGAUUUUGCUACUUUCACUGACCUAGCUAAAAAGGCUGAUUAUUAUGGUAUUAAAAAGGAGUGGGCAGAGUUGGAAGUCAUUCCCAUCAUUGAAACACCAAGUUACGGAAAUUUAACUGCCCCGGCUCUUGUGAAGCAGCUGAAAAUCAAUUCGCCAAAGGACGCAACUCAACUAGCUCAAGCUAAGGAGCUUGCAUACAACGAAGGGUUUUACAAAGGGACGAUGCUUGUAGGGGAUUUCAAAGGCGAGCCCGUCCAGGCUGCCAAGGAUAAAGUCCGGAAACAACUCAUUGAAAGUGGAGAUGCCUUCCCGUAUGCUGACCCUAUGGGCAAAGUCGUUAGUCGAAGCGGCGAUGACUGUGUAGUAGCCUACCUUGGCCAGUGGUUUUUAAACUACGGUCCAAAUGAUCCACAAUGGCUUAUCGAUACCCAGAAUUACGUUGCCAACUGUCUUAAUACCUACCUUCCCGAGACACGACAUGGAUUCGAAAAGAACCUUGAAUGGCUUAACCGGUGGGCUUGUGCGAGGACUUACGGUCUUGGAUCCAAACUUCCUUGGGAUCCUCAAUUCCUUGUUGAAAGUUUGAGUGAUAGUACCAUAUAUCAGGCAUACUACGCGAUAUCUCAUUUGCUUCAAAACGAUCGGUAUGGUAGCAAACCAGGUCCUCUUGGAAUAAAACCGGAGCAGUUAACGGACGAUGCUUGGGAUUAUAUUUUUGCUCGGAGAGACUUGAGAGAUGACCUUGUUCAAAACACAGGAAUUAGUAAACAAGCGUUCUUAACGAUGAGAAGAGAAUUCGAAUAUUGGUACCCCCUUGAUGUCCGAGUUUCUGGUAAAGAUCUCAUUCAAAACCACUUAACCUUCUGGCUCUAUGUUCACAUUGCCAUGUUUCCAGAGGAGUACUGGCCACGCUCUGUCCGGGCAAACGGACACUUGCUCCUGAACGGCGAGAAAAUGAGCAAAAGCACUGGAAAUUUCUUGACUCUGAAAGACGCGGUGGAUAAAUACGGAGCCGAUGCCACACGCAUUGCCUUUGCAGAUGCUGGCGAUGGCAUUGAAGACGCAAAUUUUGAGGAGUCUGUCGCCAAUAGCAACAUCCUGCGCUUGCAUACACUCAAGGAAUGGGUGGAAGAUGUUGUAAAAGAUGCGAGUCUUCGUACAGGUCCUGCCGAUGCGUUUGUAGACAAACUCUUCGACAACGAAAUGAAUGUCCUCGUUCGAGAGGCAAGGAGGCAUUAUUCUGACACGAACUUCAAAUUAGCAUUAAAAGCGGCGCUCUACGAAUUUACAAGUGCUAGAGACUUUUAUCGAGAGCAGGCUACGGCAGCGGGGAUAGGAAUGCAUAAAGACGUGAUCCUCCGGUACAUUGAGCUUCAAGCUCUUCUUAUUACUCCAAUUGCUCCACAUUGGGCAGAAUAUGUAUGGCUAGAGGUGCUACAUAAGCCCAAGACCAUCCAGCAUGCACUCUUCCCUGAAGUACCAGAGGUUGUACCCGCUCUCUCAGCCGCCAUAGACUAUAUCCGCUCAACAUCCUCCAACAUCAGCUCUUCGGAAGCUUCCUUUGCUAAGAAGAUUUCGAAGGGCAAAGCAGUCACAUUUGAUCCACGCAAACCAAAGAAGCUUACGGUUUUUGCAGCAAAGAAAUUUCCUACAUGGCAAGAAAAAUACAUCGACCUUGUUCGGGAAGCAUUUGAUGACAUGACAAUCUCGAUUAAUGACAAGGAACUUAAUGCUAAUGUUGGCAAACUUGGUGAAAUGAAGAAAGCCAUGCCAUUUGUUCAGGGUCUUAAGAAGCGACUCAUCCAAAGUAAAGAAAGCCCGGAGAGAGUUUUCAAUAGACAACUUGCUUUUGACGAAACCGAAGUCUUACGUAACAUGAUGGAUGUUAUGAAGAAGGUGACUGGCUGUAAGGUGGUUGAAGUUAUCUCGGUUGAAGAAGGCGGAAAAGUCGGCAAUACUCUUGAUGGAGAGCACAGGGACAACCUACCGCCUGUUGCUGAGAGCGCAAUUCCAGGCCAGCCCAGCUUCCAUUUUGAGAAUAUCAGCGAGGAUUCUGUGUAA